AUGGACGAAUUUGUCUUCCAUGAUGAAGCCCUUGCCCAGGGUGAACGAUUUUAUUUGAAGAAGCCGCAGAAAGGCAGUAUCGUGUCAGUGAAGACAGGCAAUCGGGGGCGGAAGGCCUUGGCCAAGAAGAAGAAAGUCGCAGCAACUCGCUGUGGAAAAGGAGAGUUGAACCCAAGGAUUUUUUGCAGCAAAUCCCAAGACGCUACUCCAAUCACGACUGGUUCUGAUUGCAGUGGCUUGGACACAUUGACGGCUUCGUUGAUGAUGGCUGGGCUGCGACUAGUGGCAAAGUUCUUGACCGAGAAGGAUGCCAAAACUAGACAGAUGCUUCAGUCUCAGUUCGAACAUGGAGGCGCUUACUACACUGCUUGCGACGAAUUUCCCAGAAUUGAUUCUGACGUCAUGGUGAGAGACUAUGGCUCCUUGGAGUCCGUGGACAUUUACACCGCAAGGCCACCUUGUCAGCCGUACAGCGCGGCUGGUCUUCAGCGCGGUCUACAAGAUGGGCGCGGGAUCGUUUUACUUAGGGUUCUCCAAACAAUAGAGACCACGAAGCCUUCCAGCUUCGCGCUGGAAAACGUGAAGCCUCUCGCAAGUCACAAAAAAAAUCGGCCCAUCUUCAAGUUUAUCCUGGCCUUCUUGCGGGAUGGGAAAGAUGACCGCGGGAAGCCAUUGUAUGAGGUUCGACGGAAGGCACUGGAGUUUACCUGGCCAGGACGAAUUCCGUGCAGAAGUUUGUCUAGUUUGCUUCAAAAUGUGGAUAGUUCGGAUUUGAAAAACAACAGAGAGAACACAGAAGCUGGGAACGCAAGGGUUCAGAAGCAUCUGGUGACAGCAGCAAAGCAGAUUGAGACGUCCAUUCUCAAAUGCUCCCGUGCCAAG